UGCGCCAGAUACAUUGCAGCAAAUGUUUGUUGGACCGCCCAUUUGGAGUUUCUCUGAAUCCAAGGAAUUAAUCAAAUUACCCUUUUUCAUUUACGAGGCACUAACGUCUGAUAUUUUAAAUACGUAUACAGUAUUCGAGCUUGAAAAACCCCAAUUUUGACGACAACCUGACCGCCAGAUCAGCAUCAUUAGUUCCUUAAAAAGUCAGAUCAAGACAUCAUGAAGACCCAGCGUAAUACCCGAGCUAUGGCUAAGAGACAGCAGCCAAAGGACUGUAGGAAGCGCCCUGUCAAGGUCACCCAAUCCUUGACAGGGGACAUAGUGGUAGCUGCUAUCACUGCCCUCAGGAAUGCCAAUGGUUCCUCUGCUCAAUCAAUAAAGAACUACAUCAAGACAAUACACGGUGACAUCGGUGAGACACCUUCCCUUGGUCGUGCUCUCAAGGCAGCUUCCAGGAGAGGCGAGAUUGAGCUAGUAGCGGCAGGGGGUGGUCUAUUAACCUACAAGUUGGCUAAAAAGGGCAAGUCAAAGACCUUGCGGGCCAGGGGAGCUGCCAAGAAGAAACCUAGGGCUACCAGUGCCAUGCCCAAAACGAGGAGCGAGAUGCUUGCUACGAAGAAACAAGCUGAAGAUGCUAAUAAACCUGCCAAGAAGGGUAUCAAGAAGGUUUGCAAGGGACCCACAGCCUUGAAGGCAACACCAUCUAAGAAGGCCUCUGCCAAGAAAACAACAAAGGGAGCUCCAAAGAAGCAGGGUGCAAGGAAGCCGCUCAAGAAAGCUACCAAGAAAAGAGAUGAUGAGGAGACAUCAAGUGACAGCAGGGAAAACCUCUUCUCUUCCGUUGGCCUCUGUGGACAUUACUUCCAUCUUCCGAAGGUCACCCGUGGUGGGUCGUCCUCGAUCACACCCGCCACCAUGAUACAUACCAAGGCUAGACACACCAUCUAUCCUAACUCUACGGUGGGUAGGUUACCAGUACCAGAUGAUAAGGUUCCUUGGAAGGUGGAAUGGCUGGAGUAUAGCCCUGUCAAAUACACAUCAGAUCAUGUCAAAGCUGGACCUGUCUGGGCAGAUCCAGAUAUCAUGCAAAAGGGUAGUCCAUCAUUAAACUUCAACAGUAAAGAUGGGAAAGUGAAUCGUCGUAGCUACAUAGGAGACUAUGGUUGCGUGGACGGAGUACCAAGGAAUCCAUGCGGACGUACUGGAAUGAUGGAGAGAGGUUUAUUAGGGAAAUGGGGACCGAACCAUGCAGCUGAUCCUAUUGUAACAAGGUGGAAGAGAGAUUCAUCAGGCAAGAAAGUGUUGCACCCUACCUCAGGCAAACCCAUACUUCAAUUCAUCUCAAUCAGGAGGAAAGAUUCAGGAGAGUGGGCGAUACCAGGGGGCAUGGUGGAUGCUGGAGAGAAGGUAUCACAAGCCUUGAAGAGAGAGUUUGGUGAAGAAGCGAUGAACUCAUUAUCAUUACAGGACAAAGAAUGUAAAGCUGUAGAGAAAGCAGUAGCUAACCUCUUCAAACAUGGUGUUGAGGUGUACCGAGGCUAUGUAGAUGAUCCACGGAACACAGACAACGCCUGGAUGGAAACCAUGGCUGUCAACUUCCAUGACGACCAGGGAACAAGCGUUGCUAAGUUCUCUCUUCAUGCCGGUGAUGAUGCUGCUGCAGUCCAAUGGCACGAUGUCGGGUCAGAGAUGAAACUCUACGCUAGUCAUUCGUCUUUUAUUGAAAUGGUCACAAAGAGAGUAGGGGCUCACUGGUAAUACACUCUGCUAAUAGAUCUAUGUCAUAGUUUUUUUUUACUGUGUCUAGUGGAUAGUCCAAGUGCUGUAUUGUUCGGGUCAUUUUUUAAUAAAAAAAACAUAUUCUGGUUAACCUUCAUGAAAUAAUCCUUAAAUAAUCUUCGAUAUAUGAAUACCAAUAAGCGUGUAUACAUUACUUUUUUCACAAUCGUAAACAAUAAGCAUUUUGCAAA